UGUGCGCAGAAACUAAGCAGUGAGAUGUGUGAGGAGUCGGAGCCUGUGUGGUCACUGUCUGUAACACACAUCGUCACACACACACACACACACACACACACACACCUCCGCGCUCCAUCGCUCGCAGAACGAGAGCAGCUGGGAGAAUCGAUGCACGAAGUUGGAGAAGAAAAGCGCGCGCGAGGCCAUCAGCGCUGAAUCGAAGCUGGACCGACUUCCUCUCUCUCCGUCUUGUCGAAGGCAUGGCCCAGCAGCUACUGAGAUUGCUUCUGCGCGUGUCGGAAAAGGCAGCCAACGUCGCUCGCAUCUGCAGGCAGGAGACACCGCUGUUUGAGCUGCUCGUGCAGGAGAAGACAGGAGAGGACAAGAACAAGAAGUUCGUUCGGGACUUCAAGACGCUUGCAGAUGUCGUGAUCCAGGAAAUGAUCAGACACGAUGUUUGUGUACAGUUUCCUGAACUUAAAGGCUUUAUCCAUGGAGAGGAGUCCAACAAGUUUGAUAAUGGACUAGGAGAAAGCGUGCUGGUGACAGUGUGUGCUCUUGAGGAAGAGACGGCAACAAUGCUGGCCACAGUGCUGGAUGGAAACCACAAAGCAGCCAGCCUCCUGGCUGCAGCAAUCCAUCAGGACCUUCAGCUCACAGAUGAAAUGGCAGAAAGCUUGGAGCUGCCCUUACACCCAAGUGAUCUGGCCCUUUGGAUCGAUCCCAUUGAUGCCACCAGCCAAUACAUUAAAGGGCAGGUGGAGGUGGUUGCAGAAGGGGAGAUCUGUCCAUCUGGUCUACAGUGUGCCCUGGUCCUCAUUGGGGCCUAUUUGCGUGCCACUGGGGAGCCUGUCAUCGGAGUCAUUAACCAACCUUUUGCUGAAAGAGAUCUUGUAAGCCAAAGCUGGAAAGGCCAGCACUUCUGGGGAGUGUCUUGUGGCAGCAUUAAUGCAUUCUCAAUACCCAAGCCAAUCUGUCACACGGCAGAAGAAAGCCUCUCCAUAGUCUUGAGUUCCAGUGAGAAGCAGGUGGUAAAAGACGCCCUGACACCCCUUUGUGGCGGGAGGUUCAUCUAUGCAGCUGGAGCUGGCUACAAAACUCUGUGCGUGAUCCUCAAUCUGGCAGAUGUGUACGUUCUUUCUGAAGGAAGUACCUUCAAAUGGGAUUCCUGUGCCUCACAUGCAUUGCUGAGAGCAAUGGGUGGAGGGGUCAUCGAUCUUAAGGAGUCUCUCCUCUCUUUUGAGAAAGAUGAGAGUCCAAGAGAACUGACCUACCACCAAGCAAGGCCAGGGAGUCAGGGAGCUGAGCGUUGGGCUAAUCAUGGUGGACUGAUUGCAUACCUGGAUAAUAAUAAGCUAAAGACAGUAAUUGGAGCACUUUUAGGCAAGCUAUAAAUGCUAAAUCAACAGAGACUCUGCAUAGAACUGCCUGACAGUUCACAAGAUUAGUGUUGUGGAGUUGACUUUAGAAUACAAAUGUCUAGUACAUAAAAAUGUUGUAUAGUGCGGUAAAAUACUGAAGCUGGAUAAUUCAAAGAAUUUCCAGGUGAAUUCCUAUAUUUGGGUUGUGGUAAUCAUGCAAACUCCCUCACAUCUGCAAGGGUUCUUUUGAAUUUAAAUGGAAAUAUGUAAAACAGCUCUGCAUCCAGUGUUUUGGUAAGCCUGACAAAGAACCCUUACAUGUCAGAAGUACAAAGACCUCACAAAAAUUAUUUAUAGAACAGGUUUUGUUUUUUUUUUUUUUGUCAUCUUGUUACCAAGCUCAUUGGCAUAGUAUAGUGUUU